AUGCGAUGCGCGAGCAAGGCCGCCGAGAGCGCGUCCGCACGUCUCUGUGCGGACGCCGAAGCAGAAACCUCAGCAACUGAUGCCUCAUCGGUUGCUGAAGCGACCCAGCCUGUGUCACUUGGUGAUGCAGACGCUGGUCAUGAAGACACUCAUGUCUUCACAGAGUACGAGCUCGGUGUCUCGUACUCUCCUGAUACGGAAGACGGAUCCGUAUCGACGGCGAUUGAAUAA